CGUGAGUCACGUUUCCUACGUUAAUCAGAAACACAUUUUGGCUCAGGCCUAGGCUGUCUAAAGAAAGAGGAUGAGUUAUGGUAUGAAAGGAAACAAUUCUACCUCCAAGAAGAAAGUAUGCGUUUGAAAAACAUAUCAGGUUUGACCCAUAAUUUAACAAACAUUCUAGAAAGAAAUAUUGCAAACAAAUGUUGUACAGAAAUGGUAAAACAGUGGAUUCAUCAUAUUCAUCCCAUUGCUGUGGGCCUAGGCCCCGUUGGUCGUGGACAUGGAGUUAGUGUGACAGCAAAUUUCAAAACAUGCACAGGGAUGCAAAAGUCUAGGCCUAAGACAUUUAAUAUGCCAAUUCAUAAGCACGCUACUAACGCGUUUGCCAACACCUUACAUCAGUCGAAUGGAGCCAAUCCGAGUAGAUUAACACUACCGUUAGUCCUACUCAUUUCCAGGAAAUUUAGUGAUAAAACAAAUAUGAGUGAAGAUGAUUUAAAGAAAGCAAUAGAAAACAUAACAGAUAAAUUUAUGGCGGCCCAAGAGUUAUUACAGGAUGCAGAAGAAUCUAAAGACACCGUUUAUUUCAAUGAUGAUUUAAACGAUGCAUCAGAAGCCGUCAAUGAGACUCUGAGAACUUACAGUACUCUGUUGGAUAUUUUAACAGAGCAGCAAAAACAGAAUGUAGUACGUUCAAUUGGUUUAAAAAUGGAGGAACUGAAGGCCCAUCAAAGCCUCAUCAUCGACAGCCUCAAGGAAGACUGAAAGACAUUUCACUACCGACAAAAAACUAUUAUAUGCCCAUAUAUAGUCAUGAUAUGUGCCUAUAUGUAAUCAUGAUGUGAUGUCAUUGUGACCAUAUUAAGACAUGUUCUUGUCAUAUAGAAUUUGAUAGUCUGGACAGCGAUUAAGAAUGGCAUAAAAUGUAUAAUAAUAAUCAAAAUUACCAUAGGAGGCCUGUACAAUGCAUAAAUGUAUCUUCAGACAUAGUUUUGUUGGACAAAGUGAUGUAGUGCCAGCGUUUGAUUCUUGCUUCUAGUUUUGUUUAUGCUCACGUUUUAAAAGAUAAUUAACAAAACAAUAUAAUAUUUUGUGGAUAAAUGAAGUACAGCGACAAAUGCGAACUGUAUUAUUAUUAUGGAAAAGAACACACAUCCAACAUAAAUAAGGAUUUCAUUUAAAACAAAAAAUGUUAGCUAAGUAUUUAAUAAACUUAUGGACGAUGACAUUGUCUAAAACACCAUGUCUUUUCUUUUAAAAGACUCGGUUGUAUAGAUCUUCAACAAAAAAAGCUCAUUAAUUGCAUAACUACGAGUGCGACCUCUCGCCGUUAAGGCAAAUGCCAUACCAAUGAACUUUGGUAGAAUAUUGAUAUAGCACGCAUAUCGUUCGUUCAUUCAUUAGUUCGUUUGUUCAUUCAUUCAUUCAUUCAUUUUAUUCAUUCAUUUCAUUUACUUCAUUCAUUUCAUUCGUCAUUCAUUCCAUUCAUUCAUUCAUUUAUUUUAUUUCAUUUAAUUUAUUUUAUUCAUAUCGUUCAUUUCAUUCAUUCAUUCAUCCAUCCAUUCAUUUCAUUCAUUCAUUCCUGAAGAUAAUUCAAUAAAGAUAGAAAAGUCGAAUCGUGGCCUGCCUUCAUUAUUCGGAGUACCAUAGCGUUUAUUCUGUUAUUUUUACAUAAUCAGUGUAUUUGUUGGAAUUGAAUAGGAAUAGAUAAAUAAUAAUAGAGAUCGACUAUGAACGUACAGUAAUCUUAUCAGGCACACCUUCAACAAAAAAAAAAUCAUUUUUAAAUUGUAUAUAAAGAGGGUGUUUUCGCGGGAUAAAUUUUACUUGUAUCUGGUGUUGAAAAUCCUUCAAAAAACAUCUAAAGAUGACUGCCAAAAUAUUUGUUUAAAUUAUACGGAAUAAUUAUAAACAGCCUGGUUGUCAAUAUAAAUUUAAGUUAAUAUUUAAUUUAUUAAUGCAAUAAUGUAUUAAAAAGUUAACUGAUUAAGCAUCGUAAGAUCAUAUCAGUAUUAAACACAUGAAGAAAAUUGCAUUGUAUUCGGCCCAAUAUCACUCGAUUGAAAAUCUCCAACUUGGACCAAAACCAACCCGGACCAAAAUUCAAUUCAACUCAGACCAACCAAACUUUGACAAAAAAAAAUCAGUUGGAUCAAAACCAACUCGGACCUUAAUCCAAAUCGGACCAAAACUAACUCUUACCAAAAUCCAACUUGGUUAAUUCAACGAGGAUCGUACUCGGCUUUUUAUUCUGUAAUGAACCUUUUCAGGUACAGAACCUCCAAA